CGACGGUCGGCCGGUGAAGGGAACGGAUCGUCGCCGGGUUAUCCCGACUCGCGUUGCACGGGCGAGCAAAACCGCGCCGGGUUAAAAUGCCGUCAAGUUAGUUCCGUCGUAAUCGCGGAUCUUUCGUUCGGGUUCACGUUGGGGUACGCGUUGAUCGAAUGUCAUCGAAUCCGAGGAUAUAAUCUUGCACGAAAAAGAGAGACGAAGAGGAGCGUGGGGCCAAGACGCGUCAUGGAGAAUCCCGAAGAAACAGCGAUCGCUCGAUAAUGCUAACCGCGGUUAACUUGAGGUGCAACCGUUCGAAUGAUUCUGACUUGAGCGAUAUUUGAUUGUGAUCGAGGAUCAGACCGUUGUUGACGAGUGUAGAUCGUCGAGGAAGUGUCAAAGAGCUAGCGAGACUGGAAAUGUCAUAGUGCGAAGGGAUUAACGGAGGAUCGCACCUUGAAAAAUCGAGAAGAUCUGCGGGAUCUGUAAGGAGCGAUUCGAGGAAAUCGUUUGAGUUCUGAAAUACGACAUUCUCGUCGGGUUGUUCUACUCGGUUGUUUUCGAUACUAAUUUCAUCGGAGACGAGGAGGAAAGAAACAUACACCUUCCGUGGAAAGUUCGUGGUGCGCGAGUGCUUCCUAGAGGCCCCCCCUCCCCUCCUGUUAGCGGGCCCCGCGGAUGUUUGCCUGCCGAGGUGGUUCCUGGUCCGCUGGAUUGUCGAUGUGAUCGCGCCGCGUCGUCCCGCCGAUUCCGUGGAGAAUGAUCUUGGUGUACGGGAUCAUCCUGCCCCUCGUGGGAAGCCUAGCGUACGCGCAAGAACUGAAGUGCGGUCAUCCGGCUGUGCCGAUGAACGCCAGGGUGUCGUUGUCUGAUGAAUCCUUGGCGCCCGGCACCGUGGCAAAAUACACCUGCGAUGCAGGCUACGAGCUCUUUGGAAUCGGCAGCUUGGUAUGCAGCCCACGGGGAAAAUGGCAGGGUGACCUACCGUUCUGCGGUACGAACGUGGGUUUCCGCAAACCGUCAAACCAAUCGACGACCGUGAGGGGCGGAAACGCGAAUCACGGUAAUGACGGUGACUUCAGCACGGAGCACGAUGGGAAAAGAUGCACGGAAACCCAGAGCGAGCCCAGUCCCUGGUGGCGGGUCGACCUCCUCAAGCCAUAUUCCGUCAAGGUUGUCCGGGUGACAACGCGAGGCUGUUGCGGUCAUCAGCCUCUUCAGGAUAUUGAGAUAAGAGUGGGCAACAGCAGCGCUGAAUUGCAACGCAAUCCUCUGUGCGCCUGGUUUCCUGGUACUAUUGAGGAGGGCAUCACGAAGACCUUCAUGUGCGCCAGAGCACUCGUGGGACAGUACGUUUUUCUGCAACUUGUCGGUGUCGAGGGUAGCUUGAGUCUCUGCGAGGUGGAAGUCUUCGCUACUGACGAAUUCUCGAUAGACAGAUGUGCACACGCCGGCACGCCCGCCGAUGCCGAUUUGACCGCCUUCAAUUCCACGUGCUACGAAUUCGUGGUGAAGAAGGGCGGCUCCUUCCAAGAAGCGAGAAACUACUGCAAGGGUCGCGGUGGCGAUCUCGUUCACGGUUUCAAGGGCAUAUCGUCUGUAUUUAUCCUGAACAACCUAGAAAGGCGAAAGGAUAAGCUGAAGACCCAGCUGGUCUGGAUCGGGGCUCAGAAGGAACCGCAGAUCACCGCGCGAACGUGGCGAUGGGUGGACGGUGAGAUCGUGCAGAGGCCGUCCUGGGGCAAGGACCAACCGAACAACUACAACGGCGAGCAAAAUUGCGUCGUGCUCGACGGAGGUCGCGGCUGGCUCUGGAAUGACGUCGGCUGCAACCUCGAUUACCUUCACUGGAUCUGCCAGAGCAGGCCGCCGACCUGCGGCAGUCCCGAGAAAUCGGAGAAUACCAUAAUCGUGGGAUCCAAGAGAACGAUAGGCUCCACGAUAGACUACGUUUGCCCGGAUGGAUACAUGCUCGUUGGAUUGAAGAGCAGAAUGUGCGAUGCGAGUGGAUUUUGGAGCGGCGACGUGCCCACGUGCAAGUUCGUCGACUGUGGCGCGCUGCCGAAUUUGGAGAACGGCGCUAUCACGCUACUGAACAACAGGACCACAUACGGCGCCUUCGCGGAUUACACGUGCAAAGAAAAUUACACGCUGAAGGGUGACACGAGACGGAGGUGCGGCGACGGUGGUAUCUGGAGCGGUCACGAACCCCAGUGUCUGUUCGAUUGGUGUCCCGAGCCACCGGAAGUGAACGGUAGCGUCGUGACAACUAACGGAAAAAGAGUUGGUUCCACUGCCACUUACUCCUGUCAAAAUGGAUUUGUUUUGUUCGGGGAUAAUGUCCUCACGUGCAACGUCGGUGGCGAAUGGUCUGGCAAAGCGCCGCAAUGUCGAUUCGUCGACUGCGGGGCCCCGGCCCAGAUCGAGUUUGGGUCCGUCGUUCUAAUUAACGGCACGACCACGGUAAGCAGCUUGGCCAUGUACAUGUGUCAAGAGGAUCACUGGCUGGGGGGUGAAAGGAAGCAAGAGUGCACCAAAGAGGGCAAGUGGAGCCACAACACACCGUCCUGCGAACUAAUUACAUGCGAGGAACCGGAAGUACCCACCGGUGGAUACGUAGUGGGAUAUGAUCUAAACGUUCACAGCGUUAUCGAAUAUCACUGCGACAUGGGAUAUUUGCUUCACGGUGAAGCGAAGCAUUCGUGCGGCAAAGACGGCGAAUGGACGGGAGAAGUGCCGAUUUGCGAGUACGUCGACUGUGGCAAGGUUCUCCCGGUUUUGAAUGGCGCUGUGGCCUACGCGAACGGUACAACUCAUCUUGGCAGCGAACUCACGUACAAUUGUACAAGGAAUUACAGACUGAAUGGAGUCUCGAGGAGAUAUUGUCUCGAUAAUGGUCAAUGGAGCGACGCUACGCCGAAAUGCGAAGAAAUUCGUUGUCCGGAACCGGUGUUGGCCGAACAUGGAAUACUCUCAGUUACCGGAAACGAUCGAAUGUACGGCAGGACGUUGAUUCGCACGGGGACCGCGGAGAACUCGAACACGGGCGCAACUUCGUACAAGAUUGGAGCUCUAGCGAAGUACAGAUGCGAGAGAGGAUACAAGGUAAUUGGAGAACCUUUGUCCACAUGCGAGGAGAAUGGAAAGUGGAGCGGCGAAGUGCCGCAGUGUGUCUAUGUCGAUUGUGGUAAACCCGAGCACAUUCAACACGGACGUUAUACAUUGACAUCGAAUGCAACGUAUUAUGGAGCAGCUGCACUUUAUGAGUGCGACGGCAAUUUCGAGCUAGACGGAUUCGCCAGAAGACUGUGUCUUGAAAACGGUACCUGGAGCAGCGAUACCCCCAUAUGUCGAGAAAUACGAUGCAGAGAUCCGGAGAAAAUCGGCGUAUUAUCGACGCAAGUGUCGACUCACAGUGUGGGUGGUGUGGCACACUACAGUUGUCCACGUGGGUUUUACAUGGAAGGAAACGAAACUAGGAUUUGUUUGCAAAAUGGAUCUUGGAGUGGAACAACGCCUGCUUGUUUCUCGGUCGAUUGUAAGCAUCCGGGACCGAUAGAGAACGGUAGAGUGAUAGUAGUGAACGGAUCGACGACUUACGGAGGAGCCGCGGAGUAUCAUUGUUUACCGCAGUACGAAAGGAUCGGUAUAUUCCUGAGGAAGUGUAUGGACACAGGAUACUGGAGUGGCGAGGAGCCAAAAUGUGAACUGGCCGCGAAUGAGGUGGCCGAACCUCAAGGUGUCGGCACGAGCGUUGGCAUCGGAGCUGGGGUUAUCAUCUUCAUAUUAAUUAUCCUUGGAUUAGUUUACCUUAGGCUACGAAAAGCUACGCCGGUGAAGAACACCGAGAACGUCCAAGCCGCGGAACGGAAAGAGGACCAAAACGCCGCCGUCAUGUCUUACGCGACGUUGAACGACGGCACGCAUAAUACCAUGUACGAGAACGUCCCCGAGGACGGUCUCUACGAUAAUCCGUACAGCUUAGGCGGCAACGCGUAUAGAUACGGCGGCCACCCGAGAAGAAUGUACGGCAGAUCCGGACAUUACGAGGCCGAGCCAGUUCCCAACAGGAACGGGAUCACUAUCAACGGCGUAUCUGUGCGAUAGCUCGUAAUUCCGUCGACUUUCUUCAUCUUCGCCUACGUCGGGAAUCGCGCGCGGAAAACUGUCGAUCGCGAAAAGUGACGCUCUCUUACGCGCGGUUCCUGCCGUUCUCGCGCGAGACGUGUACAGAAAACACCGAAGAACUUGUUGUCGUUAUUUAUAUUACCGCCUCUGUUGAAGGCGCAAUAGUUCAUGUAAAUAAUUCGCGAGAAGGAGAGAAGACGAGACGUGUGGGAAGGAUUAUACGCACCGAUGAGAUUUUCUUCUCUGAGGAUCAACUAUAUUUUGUAUGAUUCUGUAUAUACGGUGUAUCGAUUAUUUAGGUUCAUUACACGUAGGUUCUAAGUGACAUGUUGUAGCGAUAAGUUUAUGAUUGUGCGAAUAAAGAAAGAAGUGCUCUUGUUGUACUUUA